AUGCGAGUGAUUGUCGAUCACUCUGUGAUCGACAAGAACGUCGAAGCAGUAAUGAAGGUUGGCCGCUAUCCCGAUCCGAAGCAGUGCUCGAGGACGGGUGUACGGACCUCAUGUAGUGGCGGCCUCUUCGUUCUGGACAAGAAAUCGCACCGAUGGCUGGGCUACUACAAAAGACUGCGCGCAUUCAUAACUGACGAGCGUGGGCUCGGUGAAAUGAACGACGAGAAAGACCCCUUUUUCCUGGGAUGGACCGGUAGACCUGUGUCAUCUACCUACGUCCAACCCCUUGUCAAACGACUUCUGCAGCUGAUCAACUGUGAAGGACUGGAGCUCACAUGUAAUGCAACGAGGCAUGCAUCGAGCACAUCACAGUAUGAGAUGUAUCUCGAUCAGGACCCAGGUGAUGGAAGAAUGGAGCCUGCUGAUAGGGACCUAUCCAAACUAUUAGGACACUCACAACGUACGCAACUCAAGUACUAUGUGGACGAAUUCGUAAAGCCUGCGGUCAGAGCCUACCGAUGUCUGAAAACCUUAGCCGAGAGGGAAAAAAUCCUGUUCAGAGAUGAAGUGGCGGCGGCCAAGAGACGUGUCAAGUUUGAUGCGGUCGCGGAACCACUGCCUGAACCGGAGGAGGAACUAGGUGAAAGUGAACUAGACUCAUCUGAAGACGAAGAUGAAGAGGGAAUAGUGCAGGAAGAUGAGGAAUACGUCCCUUCAAGGCCUAUUGAAAAGAUUACUCUGAAGGUCAAGAGGGGAUCUCCUAGAAAGCAGCAAAAACUUUCACCUCCAAGACAAGUAUUUGAUUCGGACGAAAGCUCAAGCGACGACGAGUCAACGCAUCGCAAGAUCGCUGUGAAAAAGGAUGAGACUGAACCUCUAGAACAGCAGUCGAGAAAAGUGGGCAGUGCGAGAAGCAGUGAGCAGUCGAAAGGGCCACGAAGGGUUCCGCUGUUCAAGCCCCCAGUUGUCAGACAAAAAACCUUCGAUCCCUCGUUACCCAGUACAUCACGGAUGUACGCCGAUUCGCCACAAUACGAAGAUCCCUACGAGUUUACAGCUCACGACGACACGUUGGGAGCCACCUCGGAUCCUCCUUGUCUAGUUUCGGAAGUCCCAGGCGGAUCAGGCAGUGAUGAAGCGUCAGGAAGUCGGACGUGGCAGCUCGUACCUUUGGACUACACCCGACCGAGGCUGGUGUGUCGAAAACGCCACAUGGCCAUGCUUUAUGCUAAGUCCACGGGGCAGUGUACAUCGCUCACCGCUGAACGACUGCUUCUGUGGAUACAGUCGAGGGUAAACCGAUGCCUUCGUUUUGACACUGGUCACACAAUGACCAGUUUCAAUGCGUUUGCAAAAAGCCGCUCCAUUCUGUGCACCCAAAUCACAGACACGUUGUACCCAUAUUCGCGUGUCAUCCCGCACACUGAUGGCAAUGAGCUGUGUCAGCUACUUUGGGCAGCUGAGGAUGCCGCAUAUCGUAGGAAGGGUACAGUAGUGCUUGUGUUCAAAGCGGCCGAUGAUCAACGUUCCACCGUCGUACUUCUUGGCGAGUUGGCACCACCGUCAACGAUGUACAAUUCGUGUGUCGGCUACAUAGAUGGGAAUUGCUAUGCGGUAGGAUUAGAGAAGAUCACAGGAGAAAAUGCGACAUCAGUUAAAGAAUGCCCGUCCGACAGCGUUGAACCGACUCUCAACGAAGAGUUUGGGAACGCAGAACUGCUACAGUUUAGGACGAGGAAUGAGGACAUGUGGUUGAGGAGCCUCAGUGAAGCCGCCAUGGACGUACUCUCUAUAGUUUCGGAGGAUAAGAAGCUCUCGCCACGAGACACAUACUUGAAAUCUAACCCAACGGCCCUCUUUAGGGCCACCAUUGAAACGUAA